AAAAAAUGUCAAUUGAAAUCAGAAGCAAAUGCAGCUCAACAAAAAGGAAAAAAAAAAAAAAAAAACACAAAACAUACAAAACAUAGAGAGAGAGAGAGAAGUAUUCAAUUGCUGAUUUGCCUUUCCACCCCCUCUCCAAACCAACCCUCUCUGUGUAGAUUGAGAAUUAAUUAGAUGUAAGGAGAUAUUUGAUCAAUCAUCCGAAACCCAUAUUGCAUUUUCUCCUUUACAUAACAAUGGCCUAAUGGGAUUCGCUUUCUGAACCAAUCGAAAGCACACAUAGAACAGAACAAGAGAGAACCCCUGAAAUUCAUCAACCAUGGAAGAAAUUGAUGUUUAGAUUCAAGUGAAGUGCACUCUGAAGAGAAUAGGGUAUCUCCAGAAAAGAAUACCAAAAGGAUACUGAAGACGCCAGCCCAAAUUAUUGCUUUGGAGAAAUUUUAUAAUGAGCACAAUUAUCCCACGGAGGAAAUGAAAUCAGAACUUGCGGAGCAGAUAGGGUUGACAGAAAAACAAAUAUCCAGUUGGUUUUGCCACAGAAGGUUGAAAGACAAGAGAUUGUCAAAGGAUGAGACCUUUGCUAAUGGCCGACAGGAUAGAUCUAGUGGUACUAUUCAGGAUCGUGGGAGUGGUUUACGGCAGGAUUCUUGUGGCAGCACCAAACAAGGUGAUUAUAGGAAAGUUGAUCCAAAGGAAGUUGAAAGUCAGAGACUUUCUGGCCAUAAUCUUCCUGCUGCUGAUGUCACCUAUGAUCGUACGAGUCGAUACACAGGAAAUGUUAAUGGCAUGGAUGAUACAUCCUCAGAAAGUAGCUCAUCUUUGCAAGAUAAGUUAUUUUCUCAAAGUGAAGAUCCUCAUGAUAUGAACAAUUCUGGCUACUUAGCACAAAAUGGGGCUAGCAAGCCAUUAAUUCCCAAGGGGGCCAAUAAGAUGGGGUACAAACCAUCUGGCUAUUUGAAAGUGAAAGGGGAAAUUGAAAAUGCUGCCAUUACUGCUGUCAAAAAGCAACUGGGCAAGUACUAUAGGGAGGAUGGUCCACCCCUUGGUGUUGAAUUCCAACCGCUUCCUCCAGGAGCAUUCUCAUCCUCUAGUAGGGAUCCAAUGAAUGCAGCAGCAUUUUAUGUUGGAGAUCUUGCUAGGAUUCAUUCUCCUGAUGUCUCUGGAGUUCGUAAGCAAUCCAAUAUCAGCAGUAGAUUUGAAGUCUAUGGUUCCAAGAUGAGUUCUCAGGAUUCAUAUAUGGAAGGGCCUAACUGUGAUCUCAAGAAUUCAUCAGACUCUCGUGAGAAGAAAUCUCACCACCAAUUAAAACGAAAAGUGACUUCUUACAACUAUUCUAGUUCCAUCCCUGGUGGGAAAUCUGCCUUGGAUAAGUAUGGUGAUCUUGCUGCUGAGACUUCUAGCCAUAGCAGCAAAAGAAAUUAUAAGUUGAGCUCUAUGCAUGGUGUUGAAGGCACAAGACCAGAUACUGUUUCUAAUCAUCAUCAUCCUGAUGGUACUAAAGCUAUUAGUGAACAGGCAGACCCUUGGUUGCAUGACUAUGACAAUAGCAGCCCUAAUAUUGUCCAAAAGAAAGAUUAUAAGUCAAAGCCCUCAAAUUUGAUACCUGGGUUCAGUAAAUCUCUUGAUACACAGGAGAGAGUUCUGUCUACAAUGUCAGAAAAGGAGAAGCAUAGAGAAAUGAAGGGGGCAAAGGAAUAUCGAGACCCAGUUAGAGUGAGGAUGCAUCCAACAAAUGAAAUGACAAUUUCAAAGCGACAUGGAGCCAACUUUUCUCAGCAACAACAUGUGACAAAAGCAGCUUUUCCUAAGAUUCCCAGAAAGACAAAUUCAAAUAAAGGAUUUGCUAUGGAAAGGCCAUCCAGUUUCAGUGAGGAUGAAACUGCAGAACCUAGUUCUUCUGUGGAUUGAGGAUCUGACAAUUAAUAGAUGGUAAAAAGGUAUAAUGGGUUCCUGAGAUCACGUCAUAGGUAGAUAGGAGUUUACCCAUUUUUACCAGCCGAGUUGCUAUGGUGUUUUACAGUUGAAAGAGGUUUGGUUUCAUAUGCUGAGUCACGGAAACCUCUUAUGAACAAUGCUAUAUCUGGAGUGGUUUUUAAGCUCAUUCAGGCAGCUAUGUGCUGUUGUCCUCAAAGUGGUCAGCUUUGUAUACUUUGUACAAAUUUCUUUUUUUAAGCAUGCUGGAAGUAAAUGUACUCUGAUGAAUUCUGAAUGUAAAUCUGUUCAAUUAGUGCAAGGCAGUGAUGACAGAACUGUUAUGAAUCCA